AUGAGGAAGUUACUCAUCCUUGCAUCCGCUUCAUCCUUUGAGAUUUGUGAUAACAGUUCUUCUCGUGGAUGUGCAAUGAAGUUGUUAGAGAAGAUGAUGUCAAUUACAGAUCCAAUUACAGACUUGGUGCUCUUAAGUGUUAAGGCUUUAUUCCCGCCACCAUUCCGAGCUGUGUUGGGUUGUUUUUCGUUUUUCAAUGUGGGCCACAGAGGUAUUCAAUGUGGGCCACAGAGUGGUGCUGACACCCGCAACACUUUUGUUGAUCAUCUUUAUGCUCAUUUAACUAGAAAGGGUAUUUUUGCCUUCAAGGAUGAUAUAAGGCUACAGAACGGAGAGUCCCUUUCGCCAUAA